AUGAGUGGAGAGGCAGCGGCAGUGGCGGAUAAUUUACUCGUUUCGAUCACGGGGGUUGUCAACCUUUGGUUGGCUGGUAAAUGCCCUGAGUCUCUUGGUGAGUUCAUUGGAAGUGCUCCCUUAACUCCUCUACUCAAACCAGGUGGUGGUAUUCGGCCCAUUGCGGUGGGUAGGGUUUGGCGGAGAUUGGUUUCGAAGGUGGCUGCUUUUUCCGUUGGAAAGUACAUGAGUUCUUACUUAGGCGACUACAAUUUGGUGUUGGAGUGCCUGAUGGUGGAGAGAGCAUUUUACAUGCUAUCUCAACUCAUCAAGGAGGUUCGUCUACAUUGUCCAGGUAUUUCUCGCUGGGUAGAGUUUUGUUACUUACAACCUACUAAGCUUUAUUAUGACCAAUAUAUCUUGUCAUCCACACUUGGGGUUCAACAAGGCGACCCCCUCGGUCCCUUGAUGUUCACGUUGACACUUCACCCUCUUGUGAAGUUUAUUGCUUCUCAAUGCAAACUUGAUUUACAAGCGUGGUACCUUGAUAAUGGGACUAUUAUUGGUGAUACUUUAGAGGUAGCCAAGGCCUUGCAUAUAAUAGAAACAGAGGGACCAGGUAGAGGGUUGCAUCUUAAUGUGAAGAAAACCGAAGUCUUUUGGCCUUCUAUUGAUCCAAGAAGCACGGCUGAUGGGGUCUUUCCCCGUGACAUUGGUAGACCUACUAACGGUGUUGAACUUUUAGGUGGUCCGGUGAGUUUGGAUUUGAACUUCAUUAGCGACAUGAUGUUGACCAGGGUGAAUAAGAAUGUUCAACUGAUGGCGGCAAUAAAAAAGCUCAAGGACCCUCAAAGUAAAAUGUUAUUACUUCGCAACUGCACUUGUGUAUCUAGAUUAUAUUUUGCAAUGCGAACUACCAAUCCAGCAUCAUUGCAACCAGCCUCUGAGAUUUUUGAUGAUCAUCUGCUUAAGUAUUUGAGAUUACUCAUCACGGGUGAUGGUGCAGAUUUCGGUCCUUUACAGCAGAGGUCAGCUACCUUGCCUAUCAAAGACGGCGGUCUGGGCAUUUAUACCAUGGAUGAUACCCGUAAUUACUGUUACCUUGCUUCCCAGAGUCAGACAGCUUCAGUGCAGAAGAUUAUUCUUGGUAAAUUAUCCUCAACAAACAAAUUUUCUGCUUAUCAGAUGGCUCUUCAGAACUUUAUUCAGUGCCUUGGUCCUAGACAGUUCCGUGUUGUGUUAUGCAAUCGUCUUGGUAUUCCUUUGUUUGUUGAGAAUGUUGAUAUUUUUUACAAGGCUAGUGUACAUGUGCGUAAGGAAGCCAAUCUUGGUAUUCUGACAGAUGAUGGUAAAGAUUUGAGGCCUGCUGAUAUCCUUGUUCUCAACUGGGACAAUGGGUAA